AUGCGGCACAGCCGGCGCACCACCCUCACCACGGCGGACAUCGCGGCCGCCCUCAGCCUGCGGAACGUCGAGCCGCUGUUUGGGCUGGCAGCGGCGGACAGCGUGCGGUUCCGGCGGGCAGUGGGGCACAGCGACGUCGUCUUCCUGCACGACCCCACGCUGCCGCUCUCCCAGGUGGUGGAGGCGGGGCUGCCGUGCGCCCCGGUGGACGUGAGUGUGGCGCCGCACUGGCUGGCCGUGGACGGCACCAUGCCCGCCACCCCUGAGAACGCCCCGCCCGCAG